GCUGCGCAUGCGCACCGCGCGCUUUCAGCAUGGCCACGGUGCUGUCCCGGGCGCUGAAGCUGCCAGGAAAAAAGAGCCCGGACCUAGGGGAGUAUGACCCCCUCACUCAGGCUGACAGCGAUGAGAGUGAAGAUGACCUUGUGCUCAACUUGCAGAAGAAUGGGGGACUCAAGAACGGGAAGAGCAUCCUGGAGGAGGUGCAGGAUCCAGACUCAGAAGUGGAGGUCGAGGUGACAAAGCAGCGGCUGUCAGAGAGUGCCCCAGAUGGGUACCCCGCUGAGGCCACUGGCAGCCUGGAGCAGAAGGCAGCCUCUCCCCUGAUGCCUUACCUGCGCACAGCAGUCUUUUUGCUUACCAUGGUUAUCUCCAUGAUUCUGGUGCUGGUGUGCGCCUUUCUCAUUCCCUGUCCUCCUAGAGACUUGCAUAACACCUGGAACCGCAACCUAGGCCAGGAAGCAGGUGGAGUGCUGUUCCCACUGGAGCUCUCUGAUGUGAAUGGUGAUGGACUCCCAGACAUCCUGCUCUCCUUCACAGCCCUGAUGAAUGCUAGCGUAUUGGGUGUUUCUAGGCCAUCGGUAACUGUGAUGGCCCUUUCGGGUAUGAAUGGCAGCACCCUGUGGUCCAGCCACAUUCCAGAAGAGACUCGGAGUGUGCAGUGUAAAGGACUGACUCUCACAGCCCCAGCUGAGCCUGGCUGCCUUGUGACUGGAACAUCCAAAUUCCUCAGCCUUCUUCAGGCCUCCUCAGGGAAAACCAUCUGGACACUGAACCCAGCCCACCUGCCAAGUGGGACCCUGGCUGCACCAGCCGUCAUGCUGCCAGAUUUGGAUGGGGAUAAAGUUGGAGAUCUGGUGGUUCUGGCCAUUGGAGAGACCCAGCCAGACCUGUGCUUUAUCCUGGUAUCGGGUAAGACGGGAAACCCUCUGGGUGGGCCCGUGAAGUACAGCAUCAAUGGAGAAGGAAAACUGAUCGGCCCCCAAGCCCACAUUACCAGCCAAGGAGCCAUCUAUAUCCUGUUUGGCUUUGGUAAUGUCCAAGCAGUCGCCCUGAGGGAUCUCUUUGCCCAAGCCAGAAACCGUGACAGCUUCCCUCCUGUGCUGCAGCGGGAAGAGCCAGAGUGGGAGAAGCGCAGAUCUGUCAACUUAUCGGAGCUCACUGACAUUUACAGCGGGGGCGUUGAGUUCCUGCAGAUGGUGACGGCUUCAGAUACUAACUGCAGUGACCUCCUCAUCACCACAAAACACAACCUGACUCUGCUGCGAGGAGAGGACCUGGAGCCCCGCUGGAGCCUUGAGCUGCAGGACAUUCACAGCCAGCCUGCCCCUGGCUACUUCAAUGCUGACCAAACCCUGGACUUCAUGGUGCAGGCUCAGAGCAAUGACAAUGUGAAAAAGAUGCUGGUGGUAGAUGGUAAAUCAGGCCUCCCUGUUUGGAGCUAUGAUCUCCCGUGUCACAUGCAGGAAUCUGAUGCACUGUCAGUGAUGACUUUGGAGAAGAAAUCUGUGUUUCUCUUCUGGGCUGAUGAAAUGCAGCCUGCACUACAAAACUUGGAGCCUGGCCCAAGAAACAAGCGUCCAGGGCUACACCACCUCUACCUCCUGCACCCUACCUUUCCUACCCUCCUUUUGGACCUCACCAAUGUAACAGACAUAGUGACUGCUUCAGCCAUUGGAAUUAACGAUCUGCAAAAAGAUGCGUUUUACAUCACCAUGACAACGAGCCCGACUUCCGAAAACCAGCCGGGCCUGCUAUUGGUCAGCAAGCUGGGCCUGCGGUGGGCCAUGCUCACUCAGAGCCGAAUGGUGCCACUGAGGGAGACCACCCCAAAAAUCAGCCGUGGGGAAGUGAGGAGAUUCCUCUCCAGGCUGAAGUUUAUUGAUUUUCCUCACAAGUUCUAGCAUGUUGGCCCAUCAGGUUUCAAUAGCCAGGUGGACAUGUGGUCUGGGUGGGGCACGGGGAGCUGCUCGGCGAUUCCUCAGGACGUCCGCUGUGCCCAGGGAGUGGGGACUGAGCACUCUGUCCCCCCCGCUUGCUGUGGAAUGGCAGGGCCAGAUUUGUCAUUGUCAGACGCCACCACUGGGAGCAACUGUUUGUGACCCUUUCCCCCGUACACACCCUGCCUGCAUGCUUCCUUCCGGGUAACAUGGCAAUGAGAAGGCAGAGAGGUAGAGCUGUGAAUAGAAAUGUGUAUAUUUUUGUAUGUUUAAUUUAUGAACUGGUUCCAUGAAGCUCCCAUUUGUGUCCAACCAGCAUUUCCUGCCAUUCUGCACUAAUCUCUGUAUUUUUGUAGUGGAGUGGUUCAUGUAUGGCAGGGCUCCGCCAGCUGUCCUACCUCUUUAUUUUACAGUCACCAGGGCACUCCCCUUUUCCAUGUCCAGUUCCCAGUCUCCUGAACUGUCCAGCCCUCUGUGACCUUGGCAGGUUGGGAAUGUGCGCUGCAGAGGAGAAAGGUUCCACACCCCCAUUCCAGUUGUCCCUCCCAACCGGCUUGAAGUGGUUGAUGGAGAGGCUCCCCAUUCCUGGGUCGCCCUUUCCCCUUGCUUUGUUUGCAGGCCCAGAGCUCCAUAGAAACAUGCCCAGUAUUCACAAGAACAUCACAUCAUUUGUAUCCCAAAGCAAAUUUGUUACCUGAAGCGGGCCAGAUCCUCUGGUACAGACGAGUGCAGCCACUUUGUGCGGCGCCUCAGGCAGACUCUAGCCUGGAUAUGUGGCCCCAGGAAUAUCUCACCAAUGUGAAGUGGUUCCUCAGACGGUGUAGACGCUUUUCUGCACCCCCCUGCUUUUUGCAUAGGAGGAGGGGCUGGGGCAAGAGGUGGACCCAGGAGACCCUUUCUUGAACUGAUCCCCAGCUGCAGUUUUGAUCCUUUGUGGCCAUCACCAGGUGGCAUAAGUUAGAAUAGCCAGAAGGCUGCUCUGACUUAAUAGUGGGGGUCGUGCUACUCAGCUGCCCCAGAAUCGAGAGGGUUAAGGUAGACUUUAUAUUAUCACUCUCCCCCUGACCUCCCAGUGCAAAAGCCAAAAGCCAGAUCUGUCCCCAGGAUGUUUUAAUUCUUUGAAAUGUAACCUCUGUGUCUCAGGGCGUGCAAUGGCCUGUGCUCUGAUUCUGGUGUCCGUAAAGCCUCCUGUGGCAUAGUGACAACACCUCUUGGUGACGUCUGGCCCCUACUGACUCUCCCCACUGCAGGGUGCCCUCUUAUAGGAACUGGUUUCCCAGCAUGCCUCUCUCGGGCUGGCCCUUUACAUUUGGCAGAGCCAAGCAGCUGUAGCCCUAAAGUGGCCAAUUGGCUGCUGCUUGGUGCUUUUUUCUCUCCUCCAGCUAGUACGUCCCCUUUGUUUUCCUCCAGUUCUUCUUUUCGUAGUGCUGAGGAGAGGGCACAGCUUGGCAGCUCUUUUUAAAGGGGCACAGGAACCAUGGGUGUGGUUGGCUCUGUACCCUGGCUCUUGGCCCAGCUCCUCACUGCUUGUUUCUCUUGCUCUAUCUCUCUCCAGUGAAAUGUUUCUGUGCAGCCUCUUCAGGGGUACCUGCAACCCCGAGGCUGGGCCUUGGGCCUUUCCUUAUUAAUGCCAGAGCCUUUGAAUAGUUUGUAUAUGUUUAAUGGUAUUUGUGUGUAAAUAGCUUUGUAAAUAUUAGCACAACUGUAGCACGGGGCUCUGGUCCUGGCACCUACCUGGCCUCUACUCUCUUCUGGCUGGAUGUGGUGUUUAUAUGUGUUGGUUAGUUUGUAAAUCGGGCUGGCCGGUGGUGGCUGAAUGUCUAAGUACCAGUAGGCAAAUUAGGAAAAGGGAUGUGCUUUCUCUCCCUCCCACCCCUCUGCUGGGAAAGGCUGGUGAGUCACUACGCGAAGGAGUAAUUCCCCUGAGGUGCUUCCUUAAACUCCUAGGCCUGAUAGUCAGUGUCCAGUGAUGCUAGCUCCCUCAUAAUGUGAAUUUCUCCCUUGCAUUCCCACUGUGAAUAAAGACUCUGUCUGUAUAUUGUUGGGAACUGUGAACUGCAGUGAAACAAAUAAAUAUCAUGUACAACAUC